AUGUCCAGCAGCGCUCCUAACGGUGGACAUGCGCCUGUAUUUAUCGCAUCAGCCGUUCGAACGCCAGUGGGAUGUUUUCAAGGCACAUUGAAAUCGCAGACCGCCAUUGAUCUAGGCACGGCCGCAACGAAAGCAGCCAUCGACCGUGCGCACAUCAAGCCAGCAGACAUCGACGAGGCAUACUUGGGCUGUGUGCUCCAGGGAAAUCUUGGACAAGGUCCUGCUCGGCAGGUAGUUUUGCAUGCAGGCUGUCCGGACUCGACGGAAGCUACCACUGUCAACAAGAUCUGCGCAUCUGGCAUGAAAGCCCUCGCAUUGGGUGCCCAAAGCAUUCGUCUUGGAGAACGUGACGUCGUACUUGUAGGAGGAAUGGAGAGUAUGAGCAAUGCACCGUUUUACAUAAAGCGCGGUGGUCUCUUGUAUGGAGAUGUGCCUGCCCAGGAUGCCAUCUUGCGCGAUGGUCUCACAGAUGCGCUGCAUCACAAGCCUAUGGGCCUCUGUGCCGAGCAGACAGCCCAAAAGUACGGAUGUACGCGACAGGAACAAGAUGCGUAUGCGAUUCAGUCGUAUGAGCGGGCUGCAGCAGCAUGGGAACGUGGCGCUUUCCAGCAAGAGAUCGUGCCCAUUACCAUCAAGGGAAAACGGGGUGAGUCGAUUGUGCAGGAAGACGAAGAGUACCGCAAGCUCCUCAAGGAUAAAAUCAGCACUUUACGGCCGGCUUUUGAUGCGCAAUGCGGCACCAUCACAGCGGCCAAUGCGAGUUCUCUCAGCGACGGUGCUAGUGCUUUGAUUAUCGCUAGUGCACACGCCGUGCAGAAACAUCAGCUGACGCCAAUCGCGCAGGUGCUGGCAAGCGCCGAUGCUGCGUGUGCUCCAGUGGACUUCUCGACGGCGCCGUCGAUUGCCAUUCCACAGGCCCUUGCCAAGGCAGGCGUCUCGGCUGAUCAGGUUGCGCUAUGGGAAAUCAAUGAGGCAUUCUCUGUCGCUGCACUUGCGAAUGCCAAGAUCCUCGGUCUUGAUCUUGCAAAAGUCAAUACGCUGGGUGGUGGCGUCUCAUUAGGGCACCCGAUCGGCAGCUCUGGCGCACGAAUUGUCGUCACGCUCGUACAUGCCCUUCGUCCAGGAGACAUUGGUGUUGCAGGCAUUUGCAAUGUACGUUUACACAAAGAUGGUGAAGCAUAG